AUGGGUUUAAGUGAAGCCGAUGUUACUAAACAGAUUCAACAAAUGAUUUCCUUUAUUCAACAAGAAGCCGCUGAAAAAGUCGAAGAAAUCGAAGCGAAAGCUGAAGAAGAAUUUAACAUCGAGAAAAGUCGCCUCGUUUCCCAACAACGCAUCAAAAUCAUCGAGUACUAUGAUAAGAAGGAGAAACAGAUUGAACUUCAGCGAAAGAUUCAACAUUCGAACUUGGCCAACGCAAGUCGUCUAUCAGUUUUAAAAGCACGUGAUGAUUAUGUUCAAACGUUGAAGGAGGAAGCAAGAAAACAACUAUCGAUUUUAGCUCAAGAGCGAUCGAAAUAUACAACAAUUUUAGCCAAUCUUAUCGCCCAAGGUUUAUUUUUACUUAUGGAAAAAGAUGUUACAAUUCGUUGUCGACGUAAUGAUGUGGAUCUGGUCAAACAAUUAGUUCCUGACACAAUCAAUCGUUACAAACAAGAAUUGAAACAAAAGGAGAUUCAAGUCAAUAUUGAUGAGAAAAAUUUCUUACCUGAUGAUUCAGCCGGUGGUAUCGAACUCUAUGCAAUGGGAGGAAAAAUUAAGGUAUCAAAUACGAUUGAAGCACGUCUUGCAAUGAUCUUCAAUCAAAUUCUUCCCGAAAUUCGCGAGAAAUUAUUCGGUGUUAAUCAAAAUAGAAAAUAUCAUGAUUAA